AUGGAGCAGGAAGUAAGAUUGUCGAAGGAGAUCACUGUGUUACAGACGGGUACCUGCAACAUGAGGACACUGCAGUCUGCACGGCAGUUCUCAUACGGUCGUACUAUCAGCUAUAUACCAACGCACUGUUUUACUGGCGUUCAACGACGAAUUGAACGAGAAUGUGGUCGGGUACGAGACUGCUGCCCAGCCCUAUCCAGAUGCUCCUCCAUAACCACAAACUCGUCGGCAGCGGAACGAACGCAAGAACUUCGAAUACAAAUGAGGAAGAGAGCAGAAAACUGCGCGAGAGGCUUACCUAUUACGCCUUUACCAAUGCCAGUCGGAUACAAUCCGCGGAUAGGUUUUGAUCCAUCUUCCAUACCUGGCCGAAACAUGAACCCCCCAACCUAUGAUGGUAGCCAAAGCGGGUACGACGCAGCCGCAAGCAGCGGAGAUGGCAGUGGAUCAGCUUCGGAUUAUGGUUACGGCAAUGUGAACGUUCAUAUCACACCCCAAGAAUCGUCUGGUGCUUACCAACCUGAAGAAGACGUUGGCAUGAUAAGCAAUCCUGUGCCUAACCGUGAAGAAUACGAGAGAGCUCGUGCCCGUCAGUCUCAAAAUCGUCAAAGCCAAAGUGGAGCUGAAUUCACCGAGGAAGACGGAUCACUGACACUCUCUGCGAAACCGAAGCUGUCGUUCCCGGAUGACAAAAUGCAGAAUACCAAUAAGUACAAGGCGAAGAUGGCUGAACAGGAUGCCGGUGAAACCGCUCGUGAAGCUUUGAAUAGUUUUCUGAGAGCUGGUCAGGCUGCUGAGGCUUCUGGACCCAUUGCCACGGCAAAACUUCCGUCGAAAAAUGCGAAAGCUUCCGGAUCGAUGCGGCCACUGGAAAUGAUCAAUGACGAAGAUGUUCCUGCAGAUGGAGAAAUCGUCACAUCACCUCCAGUAAUUUUUCUAGGCAAACAAAUCAACAACACAAAGGGCCUCAAUCGAUCUGGAUCCUGUAUAGAACGUAUGAUGAAGACGCAAACACAGAAACUUCAACAGAUCUUGACAUUGCUGGGAGAGAAGAAGGAUUCAGAGGAUAUGCAUGAGAUCAAAGAGUUAAUCGACGAAUGGCACAACAGUUUCCGAAAUAAGGUCAUUUCGGCAAAGGAUAAGACGACUAAACUUGAGAUUUCGAUAGCGCUGGAUAACCUCAUCAAACAAUUCGACAAAGUGAAUCUGGAUCUGAUCAAAUCACAAGUGAAUGCUACAUUCGACGAAAAUGACUAUCCGGAUGGCGAUGCCGCAGUUUUUGAAACUGAAUGCGAUCCGUUAGCUGUGAGUAAUAUUCUGGAAGAGCAAUUACGCCAUCAAGAAGAAUUAGAGAAAGAACGGCUCGCAGCGAGGCAUAAGUUUGAUCGCAAAAAUAAGGGCCAGACCGAUGAACACGGCGAUCACACUGUCGUUGAAGACGGUGUGACGAAAUUGAUCCUCUCCGGUAGCCAUGAAUCCCUGAAUGUUGACCAUCCGGCGACAAGCGUCGAAAAGAGCAGCGACACCAGUAAGCCAACCGACGAAGAGGCGAUCAUUCAUAAUUGGUCAAACAAGGAGUAUAAACUGGAGCUAGAGAAGUAUAAAAAGGAACACCACAUAAACGCAACGUCACUGGAACCGAGGAACGAAACGGCGUGCGAUUUAUACAUGCGAUGUCGAAAUCAGAUGCAUAUGGCUGUUGACAGUUGUGCUUGGCGUUUUGCCAACAGCAAAAUCCUUCCAACUCUGGCCGAAAGUGCAGAGAGCCUCUUGUAUCGGGCCGAAGAACUGUGCGAUCCCGCUGAGCAGCCAUUCUACGAAGAGCUCUAUGAGUUGAUGAUUACGCGAAAUACUCGGCUUCGAGACUGCCUAGAUGAGAAGAAUGAGAAAUUCUUUUCGACAUCGAUCUGUUUACCGUAUUCCCCUGUGGAACAUCUCAUGUAUGGCUCAGCAUUUAUUCGAUUGCUCAGCGAAGACUAUAAACAGUCUGCAGAUUGCUUCCGCGAUGCAAAUCUUAUCCAAGAAAAGUGUACAAAGCUAAGGGAAUGCUGUCCAAAUUUUGAUAGGUAG